GCCAACAUGUCCGACGUCGAGCAUCUCAAGUCCCUCUUUGAGUUCCACCCCGACUUCCCCCAGAAGGGCGUCAAUUUCUGCGAUAUUCUCCCCGUCCUCCGUGACCCUAUCGCCUUUGAGUCUCUCAUUACUCACAUGCUCCACCACAUCUUCUCCGUCACUUUGCCCAAGCUCCGCGCUGCAGCCAAGACGGAUGAGGAGAGGAAGCGCGUCAAGAUCGACGCCGUUGUUGGGCUGGACGCUCGUGGGUUCCUCUUUGGACCGCAGCUUGCUCAGAGACUGGGUGCUGCCUUCUUGCCUGUGAGAAAGAGGGGCAAGCUUCCUGGAGAGAAUGUGCAGGCUGAGUACGUCAAGGAGUACGGUAAGGACAUCUUCGAGAUGCCCUCUCGCACUAUCGAGUCUUCGCACGGCGGCCCGGCCAACAUUAUCGUCGUUGACGACCUCAUCGCUACUGGCGGAUCCGCAGGCGCGGCUGGCGAGCUGGUCAAGAAGGUCGGCGGCAAGACGGUCGAGUACAUUUUCGUCGUGGCCAUUCCCUUCCUCAAGGGAGAGGAGAAGCUCGAUGCGCCUUCCUACCACCUCGUCGAGGUGGACUGAUCGUUGAGAUCGUACGUCGAGAUACCCACAACUCGCA